UAAAAGGCGUCUCACGUGACCCGCAAUUCCUGAAGUUCCCGAGCGUCAAAUCUUCAUCUGGUUCUGCCGUUGCGCGAAUCUCCAGAUCAUUAGAUCAUACUGCCCUCCUAUUAGCGACUGCUUCGGGUGUCUUUUGUUUAAUUCUUAUUUUCCACUCAUUUCCUCCGCAAUAUUCAAAAUGCCCGCCGCCACCCGUGCCGUCCUGCGGCAAUCGCAGUUCCUCACCCGGAGAACCGUCGUCAGACACGCCUCAUCCACCUCUGAGGCUGCCUCCAAGGCUGGUGAGACUGCUUCCUCGGCUGCCUCCAAGGCCUCUGAGGGUCUGUCUAAGGUCUCUGCCUCCGCUGGUCCUGCCAUCUCGAACGCCGCUGGUGCCCUGCGCAAGAUCGGUGGACCCGCCGGCAAGGUCAUCUCUUUCGUCGAUUCCAUGAUUCCUCCUACCCUCUACUACUCUAAGGUCGGAAUUGAGCUCGGCAGACUGGUGUUCCGUGGCCAGAACAUGGCUCCCCCCAACCUGGCCACCUUCCAGUCUUACUUCCAGCCCUUCAUCUCCAACCCUGCCGCCCUCAAGACCCUCCCCUCCCCCUCGGCUAUCCUCGCCUGUAUCCGCAACGCCAGCCCCAAGCAGAUGGCCCUCGCCGGUGUCACUGCCGCUGAGGUCAUUGGCUUCUUCACUGUUGGCGAGAUGAUCGGCCGCAUGAACAUUGUUGGUUACCGUGGCGAGCCUGCGCAUGCGCACUAA